CUGGAUCAAAGGCUCGUUUUGCUCUCCAGCCGUAGGAUGUACUGAGCGCAGACUGCUCUUUCUCCACGGACGCGCCUCUGUCUGGAUACCACUGUUUCCCUUUUCUUUUGUUGUUAUCUUGGGAUUAUAUUCAUCUGAUGCUUUUCAAUUCCAACUCGAUGCAUAGAAAUGGGUAAACUGCACUCGAAACAUGCUGCUAUUUGUAAACCGAGGGAGAGUCCGGAAGGCGACAGUUUUGUAGUCAAUGCCUGUUUGGCGAGGAAGGGAAUCGACGACUGGCUGGUGAAACAGAAAUACUAUUGCACGGGCUCUCGGCUUGAGCAACAGGGCUGUCAACACAAGAAUAACUGCGGCUUGACUACACGGGACUCCAUGGACGAAGCAUGCGCUGAGGGGAUCGGCAAUGAACACUACCGUUUAGAGGUGGCUCUACCCCCGGAGAAGACAGACAGCUGCUGUGCUGAGGAGAAGAUGCAGGAGAGGGACAGCCAAUCUCCCGCAGGGCCGCAGAAACAGCUCCAGUUUGAAGAGCUGGAGUGUGCUGUGUCUGUGGAGGAAGACAACAGACAGGAGUGGACCUUCACCUUGUAUGACUUUGACAACAACGGCAAAGUCACCAGAGAGGAUAUCACCAGCCUGCUUCACACCAUCUACGAGGUGGUGGAUGCCUCUGUCAACCACUCUCCCAGCAGCAGCAAGACAUUGCGGGUCAAACUCUCGGUGGCGCCCGACUCCAGCCAGCGGUGGAGAAGCUGUACGCAGGGUGCAGCAGACAUGUCCCACCCUAGAGAGAAAAAUGACAAGUGUAUAGAAGACCCCAAGAGUGCUGAGAAGAAGUCCAGAGCCCUCUUAAGCCUGAACCACCGCCUAAUGAGAAGUGCCGCUUGUGCCCGCAGGCGCCACCACAGCGACCACCACACCCAGCCGGGAUGCCAGCGCCACUGCGUGGAUGAGAACCUGGAGCGCAGGAACCACUACUUGGACCUGGCAGGCAUUGAAAACUACACGUCUCGCUUCGGAACCGCCCCUGCCACGGAGCCAACGAAGGCAGAACCUCAGAUCCGAUCAUCCAACCAGACUCGUUCACGCUCCCAUGAGCCAGAGAACGGCCACUCCCAUUCCCACCACCGACGCUCACAGACUGUCGCAGACGCCGUCGUUCCAGACAGCCUGUGCCCUGCCCGCCCCCGAGGCCAAGACUCAGGGAAACAUGCCCUGCGUUCUCCUAAGACCCACAGCCGCACCCCCCCAGCACAGACCGGUGGCAGGGUGAUGAGGAGCCGAGGCGUGCCACCUCCCCCGGCCCUUCCCAGCCAGACACCGCCCCACCAGUCUGCAGCCCCCUACCGCAAGCAUAAGCAACGGUCCAAAGAGAGCCAGGGCUACCGGGUUUUGGGCUCCCUGGCAGCCUCGGGGCCCGUGGUGGAGAAGGAGCAAGUGAGGGACCUGCCCAGCGUGCUGCUCUAUGAGGGGGGGCUGGCACAGGUGGUGCAACGGCACGAGCAUCACCACCACCAUGAACACCAUCACCACUAUCACCACUUUUACCAGUCCUGAACCCUCUGCUCUGCCUUGCCCAGCUCAGCACUCCUAUGGCCCCACUCGCUCCACCCGGGCCAGCAGACACUGACUGCAGAGAGCCUCCUCCUGAACCAGCAGGCGGCCCGGCGCUGCACAGCCAGGACUGUGGCAGAGAGCUGGGCUUUUUGCCAGAGGAGCUGGCAUUGUUGGGGGGACAGGACAUGGGGAGGACAGGAGGAUGUUGGGAGGUGCAGCCCAAUGCUGAGAUGUUAUUACCAGUGUUAUCAAGAGGCGGUCCAGACAUACAGAUCCUUGGGUAGGCAGCAGGAUAGUGAUUGGGUGCCACAGUAUAGCCAAGUCCAAGGAUAAUGGCAGAGAGGAACAGCUUCAAGUAAAUAAAGACAGCUGGACAACAGUCGUUCCUCUCCUCUGGCCCUGUAUCCUGUGACCUGACGAACUCUGUGGCUCCAAACCAGCACCAUGCACAGCCCUUCCAGACCACUAAGCCAAACGGUUUGGAAGGAAUAGGAGGGACUAGGGGCAAAGACUGUGAUUAUAGAUGAAAACUAAUGAAGGAAUAUAGGUGAAGGGAGAGCAGAGUGUCCGAGUGUGUAUGUGAGCGUGAGUGAUUGUGUGUAUGUGUAAAAUACUGAAUAUGCGCGUGUAUGUGUGAGUGUGCCGCAUGUGUAUGUGUGUGUCACGACACCUGUGUCACUAUUGAAAACCACUUGAAGCGUGCUCAUGGGUGCAGGAGUAUUUAAAGUAGGCUGUCAGGCUGGUAUUGAAGAUGAAAAUGAAGAUUCUGACUGUCGCACUCAAUACCCCGGAAGCAAAAGAGUAAAGGAAAAUGUUGAAAUGUUUCUUUGAAGUGAGAACAGAAAUCCCAAAUCCGCUGCUACCUCUAGUUUUAUCCUAAUUGUCAGUUUUAUGGUGACUUUGAAUUGCUUCACCGUUUUCGGAAGAGGAGAAUUCAUGCCACAAUCUGCAGUACUUUAGUGUUGAAAAGCUCCUAACUUUUAUUAACUAACAUUUAAUGUACAUAAGGUAUAUACUGUUGUUAUCAAUUUUAUAAGCUUUAUUGAUAAUGUGAUAAGUUUGUAUUCACAAUCUGAA